CCCGCCGCCGCCCCCCCGCGCCUCUGGGUCUUCGGCGGCGCCCACCCGGAGGGGAACCGGAGCUGCGUCCAGGUGCUGGACCUGGAAAGAGGAACCUGGGAGAGCCCUGAAGUGAGUGGUGUUCAGCCACUACCUCGCACAUUCCACACGUCCUCAGCAGCCAUAGGAGACCGUCUGUACGUCUUCGGAGGGGGGGACAAAGGAGCAGAACCCGUUACAGACCAGCGGCUCCACGUCUUUGACACAGCCACCUUGACCUGGUCCCAGCCAGAUACUCGUGGCGAUCCCCCCUCUCCUCGGCACGGACACGUCGUGGUUGCAGUCGGGACCAAACUCUUCAUCCACGGAGGUUUAGCUGGUGAUAUUUUUUACAAUGAUCUGUUCUGCAUCGACAUCACUGACAUGAGGUGGGUUAAGAUCCCAGCCACCGGCGACGUCCCGGGAGGACGGGCAUCCCACUCCUCCGCUGCGUUUCAAGACCACGUGUACAUUUUUGGCGGCAUGGGCCCAGGCGGGGCGCUGGACACCACGUACAAGUACCACACAGAGAAGCAGCAGUGGACGCUCCUGCAGUUUGACCCCCCUCUGCCCGCUGGGAGGCUGGACCACGCCAUGUGCGUCGUUCCCUGGCGGGCCAGCGGCACUGGAGCCGCCCCGCGGGACGAGAGAGCCGGGGAAGAGUCGCGCACGGCCGAGGAAGGGGGCCGAGAGGAGGAGGGGCGCGCCGAGGACGCGGUCGUGCACCUGCUGUUAGUGUUUGGGGGGAUGGACAUGCGGGGGGAGGUCCGCAGGGACUGCCUGGUCAGCCUGAUCCAAUAG